AUGACUACUUCCUCUUUGUCAUUAGAAAUUUCUUCGUUAGGAUAUAUGGAUAAUGCUAAUUGGAUUUCAAAUUCCAAAGAAAAUUUAAAAGAUAUUUUAAGUAUUGCUGAUGAAUUUUAUGGAUUCACUAAAGCUGCUAUUAAUAAAAAUAAGUCUCAACUUAUUACUAAUUCUUCUGGAUACCCUACUCCAGUCCCAUUGAAAUUUGGUACUUCCAUUUUGAACCUUUUUCUUAAAAGAUCUUCUAUUUGUUUUCUUGGAGUCUGGAUCAAUAUAAAUAACUCUUCAACUUUUGUCAAACAUCAAUGCAUAUAUACAAUUAGAUCCUUUACUACACUACUUAAGAAAAGCCUUUAA